UCGAUCUAAGCCCUGUGUUCAAUAUGAUAUCCCAAGUUUUUUGGUCCAAAAAUGAUGGUUUCGGAUUUCGAAACCCCUGUUUUUAGUACUAGAGUUAGAAAUACGAGCUUGGCACAUUCAGAAGCAGGGCUUUUUCGCCAUUUUGGCUGGGGCAGCUUGGGAUUGGACAUGAGAAUCUGACACUAGGUCGGUCGACCCAUCUCUUGGUGCAUUCUGUUCAAAUAACUUCUGAAACGCAUCUUGCUCGGAGGCUCUAAUGCACGAGGAUAAGAUGGGACUGUAUUUCUGCAGACUUAUGUCUGAAUCCAAUCGGAGGGUCACACCGCCCAGAUCCUUGAACGAGCUGCUCAGCGAUUUUAACAAGAUUAAAGUCAGUUCUGAGGGGGAUUUUGCCGUCGCCAUGGAAAACCACCUGUGGGCCCGGAGGUUUCUCAAUUAUUUGAUCGAUUCCGGGUCGGAAGCGGAGCAAGCCGCGUUCAAGUUUCUGGUCAUGACGCAGGUUUUCUCUCCCAAACAUGAGAACCAUCGGAAAAAUAACAAUGCUCACGCACGGGUUAACGAGAAGCAGAAGCAGAGGCCGGCCAAAAGUAUCUCCAAAUCCAAGCAGGAUCACGUGAUUACGGUUUUGGACAAGUUCUUCAGCGAGGAAGCGAGCGAUCCCAUUUUCAUUUCCAACGUGUAUCUAUUCGAACAAGUGGUGGAAUUGGCGGGCAUCGUGAAUGAUCCCCAUUACAUCGUUACAGACAAAGAUGUCGAUCUCCUGCUCAGAGCGAGAGACGAUUUCAACAUCAAACAGAACGGAUUGGAGCCCAAAUUCAAGAAAAUGCUCGAAGAAACCAAACCGUCCACUCUGGCGUGUCUACUCAGUAUUCUAUGAACUCAUGCCUAUGUUUUUACCUUUCUGAGAGCCGCUCUUAUCUAUUUUCCUUGUCAAUUAUAUACCAUGUAUCAGA